AGUGAGAAGCACACACGGAUCCAAAGUCUCGGGGUGCAGGCAUUACGUAAGGGAUGUUGCUGCUCGCAGGACCGAGGCUCCUCUGUUCGAACGUUCGGCUUAUAUCAUCCACGCGUACAUCGACUUAGAUGUUUUUUCCUGCGACUUCCUUCUCGAAGUAUAUGCGUUACGAGCAUGCACGUUGGCAAGUGUCGAUAAUAACCACUGUGGGUAAAAAACCCAGCGAUUUUACGCUCUCGUGUUUAUCUGUAGUUCAAAGUUCAAGUAUCAAGUCAUGCGAGACGUAAGCGCGAUCGUUGGCUUGUCAUACGUCAAUUGUCCACGCCGGUACGCGACACAGCAAGCUACACAGUGACAUGGUUUUACGAAUAAUACAAUAAAAUAAGCAUUGAAUAGAAAACUCUUAAACGAUACGAGUCAACGACCCUGAAGACGAGGUGCAACGACCAAGAGGCAGACGAGAUUAAAUCUGACGUUUAUUGUGUGAAACAUCGAUGGAACUCCGCAUCGUUUUACUCGCACAUAUCGUGGGUAUUUGCUCGGGGCUGCGCGAGGUGCGCAUGCAAGUACCUACGGCCGUCGAGAAGGGCGGCGCGGCAAUAUUAAACUGCUGGUAUGACCUGGAGGGCGCAACACUUUACGCCGUCAAAUGGUACAAGGAGAGAAGAGAAUUUUAUCGGUUUACCCCUAACGAGAAUCCACCCAUGAAAACCUUUCAUAUUGGAAAUCUUCAAGUUAACAACGAGCAAAGCAAUGCGACUCAGGUAGCACUCGUGGACUUGGAUUUGGACGCCAGCGGACAGUACAGCUGCGAAGUGUCGGCUGACGCACCUUCUUUUCACACCGCAAUUGUCAGCGCAACCAUGAACGUGGCUGAACUACCCGCGAACAGGCCAACGAUUCAUGGAUUACAGAGAAAAUACGCUAUCGGUGAGAGUCUGAGGCUCAACUGCACAUCCGACAGAAGCAAACCGGCGGCGAAUCUCACCUGGUUCGUCAACGAUCGCCAGCCGGCACAUUCGUACGUACGGACGUACAGUCCGCUGGACACGAACGAAUCAGAAUGGCAAAUAUCUCACAUAAGUUUACAGUUUUUGGUGACUGGCGAGCACUUUACUUUGGGUAAGCUGAAAAUCCGUUGCAGCGCAUCUGUCUAUGACAUAUAUUGGCAAAGCACCGAAGUAAGUGCAGAGGAGGAUCGACCCAGAGUUAUUCAAUUAGAGCCGGCAGCGACUAUCGUAGGCAUGAAUUAUCCUCAACCACCGCCAAAUCUACAAACGGGUCAACGAAAACCGGAUGGACAUCUGGACGUGAAAGAUAUCGGAUCCUCCGCGCGGGGACUGCAAGCCUCGCCGAGUUUAAUUAUGGAAUUUCUUGUUUUAAUGAGACUGCUCGUUAAUUGAAACGACAACAAAUACACAGCCAAGCAAAAAUAUUGAUGGAAACGGAAAAAUAAAUAAUACGGAGGGGAAGAAAUAACCGUUCUGUAUGAUAAAAUGCGUGCUUUGGAACUCUUUAUAUAAAUCGACGUGCUUGUAAGAAUCUCGCGAGAUAUAUUUCUUUUAUUUUACCUUAUACAUGGUACUUGUAUGUAUUGUCAGAGGUCCAGGACACCUUCCUUGUAUAUAAUUGCAAUUUAAUGUCCAUCUGAAUUGAGGCAUUGGGGUAGUGUUUCAAUUUUGCUUAUUUCCACCUUCGAUGCUAUCGUUUGUAUCUAUUUUUGUUUACUAGAGAUUUGGUAGAGAGUAGAUGAAGAGACUUCGAAAGGUAACGUUGCAACGAAAGCGGCUAUUAUUCUUCGUUUAAAGUAGUGAAAUUCACUUUUAUUUCGGCAAAUUUCAAUUCCAAUGUAACUUUUGUUAACUUUUAUAAAUUUUAUCGAACACGUAGAAUUAAUGAAUAAGUUGAAUAAAUAAUAGUGACGAAGCGUUGAGGGCAGUUUUGCCAGGUCGGCGAAUGGCCCUUAAACAUUUCAAGUGUAAUAAUGCGAAGUCUGAUUACAAAAAUAUAUUUCAAAAUUCAUACAAUGUUCCGAACGUUUUUUAUUUGUCCCUCGACCCGCAAUACUUUUGAGGCGUGCAGAAGUUUCAUUGAUGAGAAGCAUUUUGAUCUGGUAUUCGCAUAGGGAAGGGGUUCGAUCUUAUUGGAGAAAACAAAGGGCUCGAAGGUGCGAAUUCGGAGGGUUGAAGCUCAUUCCAGUGUCUUAAUACAAUUUCAAGCCGAUUUUCAAAGCUCAUUUUCUGAAAAAAUAAAAAAACGAUUAUAUAAAUAUAUGAAUUUUGAAAAGACA